AUGGGUAUUAAGGGUCGAAGGAAGCGACUCCGUGAACGGGAGCUGAGGGCGGGUGACGAAGGCUCUCAGUAUGACGAGCGGGGGGCUGUGGGUCACCCCUGCGGUGACGGAUACGCCGACGAUGACGAAGUUGCGGGGGUGGGUGGUGGGAUCCCGCAGCCCCCAAUGGAUGCUCACGGCGUGCCGCGCAUGAAGAAGACGGACUUCUUCAACAUGCAGGACAUGGACUACCUGGACCACAUUGCGGAGGAGCACGCAAAUCGGCACACUAGCCACAUGCGAAGGAGACAGCGGGAGGAAGAUGUUGACGCCGCCAUGGCCCAGACGGAGGAGUUGCUGCAGCACAACUACGGCACCGAGGAUGCCUUGCAAGCUCUGCUUAGUCAGCCUAGCCGCGUUGGAAUAAAAAAGGGAGAGGAAGGACUGCUUGAACAGCGUCGACGCGUGGGCAAAGGCCCACGCUUCAGCCAUCCCCUUAUUGGUAUUGAUCCACAUAUCGUACAGGGACUAGAAGCAGAGGGCUUCUGCCGCAUGACGACCAUUCAAGAGCGAGUUGUCCCGUAUGCACUGGAGGGUUAUGAUCUCCUUGGACAGGCGAAGACGGGGUCUGGAAAGACGCUCGCCUUUUGCGUUCCUCUUCUGCACGCCACGCUCAGCCUUGUGCACAAGCGACCUAACGCGACGUAUAGUCUGCUGCUCGCCCCCACAAAGGAAUUGUGCGUGCAGACGCAUGAUGUUUUGAAGAGUAUCUGCCAGCACAUUCCCAGCGAGGUUGCCGCGUUCUCCGUACAGCUCAUUACGGGCGGGACAAAAGUAACUGAAGAGCGUCGACUACUAGUGGCGGGUGCCUCCAUCGUUGUGGGUACGCCGGGUCGCGUGCAUGACCACGUGCAACACUGCGUCCACUGGGAUCUAGGGCGGCUGCGCUUCCUCGUUCUGGAUGAGGCAGACCGAAUGCUGGCAGACGGGUUUCAAAGGGAUCUGGACGCGAUUGUGCAACGCCUGCCGCAGUCCCGGCAAACAUUUCUCUUUUCAGCAACCAACUCAAAGUCUGUGCGUGAUCUUGCACGACUAUCGCUCUCCCGUACCCCACUUUUUAUUGCGACCACAGGCAAAGCCCCAUCCCUGGUGCACAUGGAGGCGCAUGGUGGCACAACCGACGCCGUGGCGACAGCACCCGCUGAAAUGCCGCCGUACAGCUCCUACGCCGACCCAUUGAGCGAUGAUGAGGAGGAUGAGACAUCCGUCUCAAGGGAGUCAAGUUCGACGCCACACCGCACGAAGGGAGACACGGAGCCAAUCCCGAGCACGCUGCGCCAGUUUUGCCAUAUUGCGCCCAUUGAUAAGCGUUUGAUUUGCCUCUAUGUCUUUGUGAAGCGGAUUGCUCGCACCUCAAAAGCGAUGGUCUUCUGUUCUACCAUUGCCAGCACAACAUUCCACUUUCAGAUGAUGGGUUCUGUUGGGUUUCACAACGAGGUGAUGAUGCUUCAUGGCCAUAUGAAGCAUCGUCAGCGUGUGACUGCAUUUAAGGUCUUUAAUGAAUGGAAAACAGGCGUGCUGUUCUGUACAGACGUCGCUGCCCGUGGCCUUGACAUCCCAAACGUGGAGUGGAUUUUGCAGUACGACCCGCCGCUUGACCCCACCGAGUACAUUCACCGUAUUGGACGAACUGCACGCGCCGGGAAUGUCGGGAACGCCCUCCUCUUCCUUGCGCCUGAAGAGGUGGGUUUUGUUCGCUACCUUUUUAAGUUUAACAUCACACUGGAGAGGUACCCGAUGCCGCAGAAGCUUCCGUCAAUCCAGAUGAAGUUGGAACACGUGCUGCAGCUGGACCCCAUCGUGGCGAAGAGUGCUGUGAGUGCCUACCGGGCACACAUCGGGGCGUACCAAAACCACCUGCUGAAGGAGACCUUCAGCAUCCGGCGACUCAACUUGGCGGAGCUUGCCCGGAGUUUUGCCCUCACUUCACUGCCGAGUGUCUCACUGCCUAAAAAUACGGAGGAGGGGAAGCAGCAGGAGUAUGUUAAGGGCAAACUCAAGUCCCUGAAUCGCCGUCGACAUGAGGCGAAGAAAUACUACGAGGCACAGAAAACGAAGCUUUGCUGGACGCCCGAUAGUCGGUUUGUUGGCGCCGUUCCACCGAAGUUUUAA